AGAAAAAUAAAGAGGAAACGUGGGUAUCCCUAUGGAAUUUUUAUGUGAUUAUUAAUUCUUUACAAUGGGUUGAGUUAUACACGUAUGCAGCAUGCCUAUCCAGAAAGAGGUUUUAGCUGGAGCCAUUGGUGUUGGUGCUGCCACCUUUGGUUGUUACUAUGUAUAUAAACAAAUAACCAGACAUUAUUCAUUGGUUGAAUCUGGAGGUACUAAAAAUGAUGCCUCUGGAUCAGCAGAUUUCUUUGAAAGUACAGAAAUAAUAGAACAGAGAACAUGUAAUAGAUCUGAAGGUCAAUUGAGUGAUCGCCAUUCUGUGAACCCUGGAUCAGAACCUGAACAAGGAACCAGUUGUGGCACAUCAGGAGGAGAUAACUGUAUAAAUAGUAAUGCCUCUCAGAGCAAGGAACCUGCAUCCCAUGGAGAUGUAAUCUCACCACAGACUGUUCUCAAGAAAACCAAUGAUUUAGGGGACAAUCAUGUCAGUUCACACCAUGCAUCGUUACAGGAUAACCAUUUGACAAACUCAUCUAAUUCAAGGCAGCUUUUAGACAAUAGUAAAUUGGAUUCUUGUCUAGCUGAUCAAUCUCCCCAGAAAUAUGCAUGUUUAAAUUUAGAAGAGUCUGUGAUGCCAAAUAAUGACAAAGAUAUGGGGAAGGAGUAUGAAUUUGAUGGACAGAAAUCAGAUAUCACUGAAGUCAAAGAUGUGCAGGAGGAAAUAAAUGCCAACCAGAACCAACCAGAUUUAACUAUAGACAAUGAAGCACACGGUCAUCAUGGUCUAGAGAGAAGUAUAUCUGAGAUUUUAAACGUGUAUGAUUACUCUCCAACAACAACAACACCUACUGAUGGAAGUCAAUAUACACAUCACAGAUCUAGAGAUUCCACUUCAUCUUUAAAUUCUCAGACUUCAAUAGAAACAGAUGCAGCUCCACUUGGACCACAAGGCAGAAUGUCAGUGAGAGGAAUUGUAAAUGGAUUACAUGACACAAUACAAGAUUCUAAUCAUGGGGAGCCAUUUUCACAAGUGAAUUCAAUUAGGUAUUCAGAGUUUUCAGCUUUAAAUAUAAGGGAAGAGGAGACUUCAAUGUGUACCAAUAGGGAUUCUUUUAUGUCAUCCAGUCAGGUUCUAAUAGAACAUAAUAUAUCACAAAAAUCUGCUCAGAAACAAAAUACUCAUUCUGUUAGUCCAGUUCAUGACAUAAUUCAGUUGCAACUAGUUGAAGAUGAUGAUCAUGCAAGUCAGCCUGAAAAUCAAACAACUUCACAACCAAUUCAACCCUGUAUCUUAUCUACGAAUGGACCAGAACCUAGUCCUCAGUUGCCUACAAUAUCAACGAGAACUUCCUUGCCUCCAGCUGGAACUACUACAUGUUUAAGCGAUCUCAGUAUUAAAAAUACCAAUCAAAACAAUGUUAAUGUACAAAAUCCUAUCUCAAGGACUAAUGGCAACAACCUUGACCCAGAACAAGGCCAAUCAGAUAAUGACCAAACUGUUGCAGAAAGUGUUUUGACUAACGAAAGGACUGAAAGUACAUCUGAGUAUGGCACAAUGACAAGUAAUAGUGACAAUCUUUCACAUAGUUUGGAUGACCAGAGUAAUACUGAUAAUGUUAAUGUUACUCCUGAGGUUCAAGAGGUUAUUGGUUCUAUAUCCGACAUUAAUCCUGAAUGUAAGACAUCUUUACCUAUGGCAGAUGCUGAACCAACUACUGGUACUGACAAAUCUGUUACAGAUCUGAUGGACACAGCAUCAGCUGUAAAUGAUGAAAAAGCUAUCACAGAUGCUGUAAUUCUUCAUGCUGAAGAUGACAGAGAACUAGUAUUAGAACUCAUUCAAAAUAUGGAGACAGAAUUCCCAAAAUUAAAACUAAAUUUAAAAUUAUUUGAAGAGUUGAAUGCAGGUAAAACUAUAUUAGGCUCAGCACCACUUCUGUUUGGAACCUGUAGAUUCUUAUUUGUGUUUGUGACUAAAGCAUUUGCCAAGGAUGAUCUGCCAAGAUUUUUGAAUGAGAUUCUAUUGAUUGAAACUAUAACAUUUAAGGACAAAAGCAGUAGAUUAAUACCAGUAUUGAAGGAUGAGUGCUAUCUUCCAGAGUUAGCACCCCUGAUUCCUUUAAAAUACAAUCGAUAUUUGGAGGGCAAAUCUCGAGGCAUUAGAGAUCGUGGAUUUAUGAAUAGUUUUGAGAAAUUGGUAAAAAUAGGUAGAAAAAAUUACUUGCCAAGCUAGCAUACUGUUGUGAUGAUAAAGUAGAAAUCUCAAAAUUUUUUAUUAAUGUGAAUUAUGCAUCUGAAUAUAAGUAUCGCAAUAUUAAGAACUCACAUUUUGACAUCUGAUACAUAUAAAUGUACUUUUAAAACACUCAAUAAUUAAUCUUGUAUCUAAUUUAUUCUUCACAAAUUGAACUUCUAUAUACAGGCAAUCAUUUCUGAAUUUGCAAUAUUUAAUUUAAAAUUGUGGAAUAUGAUUUUAGCAAAGGAAACACUGGUUUAUUUUUCCCCAAUUUCUUUUCUUUUUUCUUUUUUUUUAUAUUUUGAAUAAUCAUAAAUUCUACUAUAAUAAGAAGUGAAGAUUUUGGAAAUUUGUUUAUGUUUUAUUGUUGAGCUGUACUUGGAAUGUAUAAGCUAUUUUUUAAUUGUAAAUAAAAUUACUACUUGCAAAUAUUAAUUUCCUCUCUUCAUAAUUGAAGGAAGAUUAACAUACAAUACCUUUUAGGUAAACAUAUAAAAUACAGUUUUGGUUUAUGUUAAAGGAAGUGAAUUUAUUUCUUGAAAAUGGGUGUUUUUGUUGCUUUAGGUAGGGCAGGGGAAAAUGUCAAUUGUUAUAGAUUGUUUUAUGUUUAAAUUUUAGUUGAGUGACCUUUGGUUGUUAAAUCUAUAUCAUAAAUCAUAAUUUAUUUUUGUUAUUAAUUCUGUUAGCUGCUUUGCAACAAUCAUUUGCCAAGGUAAAAUAUAUAGCUUGCUUCUAUUUGUUAUCUAGAGUUAUCUUUCUUUUUGUUCCAUGUAUAUUAUUGAAGUAAUAAGUUAUAACAUUUGUAUAAGUUGAAUGUAAACUAUAUAUAAUUGCAUUUGUAAAUAAUGUUCAAGAGGGCAUGAUUUCAAACCAUAGACAAUCAAGUAUAUUUCCAUAUAUAGAAAGGAUAUCUAUCCUUGAUAUAUGUUCAAAUCAUUUGUAUUUUGAAUCUAAAUGCAUUUUCUUGUCUAAAGUAGUGUUGGAUUUUGUGACAUACUUUACUUACCAAAAAAAUCAUUAGGGCUUGAAUUUACAGUUAUUAUACCUCACGUUGGCACUUAAAAGUCAAAUAAUUUUAAAUGGGCAUCCAGGGCAUGGUGAAAGACAGCAACUCUUUUGGAUGGAAGAGCUAAAGUGAGGGCAAAUAUUUCUUGUUCCUGUUAUUAAAUACACUGUUGAUUAUAUUAACUUUUAAGAUUAAAAAAAGAAACUAAAUUAAUGACAUGAAUAUUCAUUUAUAAUCAUGAAGAUAGGUACGGAAGAAGUUAUAUAAUUAUCUGACUUUUUUUAUUUAAGAAAUAAGGUUCUUAUAUGCAUUUAUUUAGGUUUCCUUGUUUUUACAACUUUCAGUUUCAUAUAUAUGCAUUUUCCUGUAGUGUGCUUAUAUUAUUAUGUCAUUGUUCAGAUGGCAUGUACACUGAUUGACCUAAGUAACUCAUUCACAAAAUGUAUAUGAUGUAGUGGUAUAAUUGGAACAGCCAAAACAAUUUAUGAUGUUGCUGAUCAGCUCCUAUACAAUACAUGUUUAUUUAUAAUGACACUGAUGUAAAAUAAAAAAAAUUAACUGACUUGGAUCAGAAACUUUAGAAGAAUAUUGAUGUUUUUUAUAAAAUCUAUUUUCAGUCUCUGUUUAAAGUCCAAAUCAAAGAUUUUUUUUUAGUUCAUAAAAUUUAUAAAGGUUAUUAAAGAAACUAAUGAAAUAUGAUCAAUUAAUACUUUGAGAUGGUCAAGGUUUUUUUAAAGAUAAUAAUGUAUUUAAUUUAGGUAAAGGAAAUCCAUAUUUUUCUGUUUUGUUUUUUAUAAAAAAUUGUUUUGUUAUCUUUCUUUUUUUUAGGAGGGGGAGGAAGUUGUGUUUGUUAUUUUUCAAAAUUAAAUCAUAAGAAUGGGCAUAAUUAUGUACAAAACAAAAUGGCAGUUGAAGAUUUUAUUCUGGUAAAUAUCAUUAACGAGUGCUCCUCUAUUUAUAUUAUACUUGUUAUAUUAGUAUUAUUGAAGAAAGAUUUACAAUGUAUCAAAUUGUAUGCAAAGCUUGAGACAAUUGUUAUGAAUGUUUGUUAAAGUUUGAAGAAUGGAUGCUAAAAAAUAGUGUGGCUUCUUUAUUUCAUUCUAUCAUUGUAUUUGCUGAUAUAUAUAUAUCUGUAAAAUAAAAGCUCGGAUUAUGUAUAUCAGUAUCAAGUUUUUGGAAAGAAAUAUAUAAUCAAUGUAUUUUAAUGCCCCACCUACGAUAGUAGAGGGGCAGUUUGUUUUCUGGUCUGUGCAUCCGUCCGUCUGUUUGUCCAUCUGUCCCACUUCAAGUUAAAGUUUUUGGUCAAGGUAGUUUUUGAUGAAGUUGAAGGCCAAUCAACUUGAAACUUAGUAUACAUGUUCCCUUUGAUAAGAUCAUUCUAAUUUUAAUGCCAAAUUAGAGAAUUUAUUCCAAUUUCACAGUUCACUAAACAUAGAAAAUGAAAGUGCGAGUGGGGCAUCCAUGUACUGUGGGCACAUUCUUGUUUCUACAUAAGAUCCAUAUUUUUUCAGCAUGUUUUUAGAGCAUAAUAUGAUGGCAGGGUGAACAGUAAAUCCAGAAAAUGUUUCUAGGUUUUUAUCAGUUUAUUAAUGGAACUAGUUGAAUAUAGCAAGAGAAAGAAAUCACAUUUUUGUACAUGUUUGUUUCUUAACAACAAAAAAAGUAUUUGUUGUUCUUGUACAUAUUGUUAUCAACAUCAAUACUUAUAUCUCUUCCUGAAUAUGCAUGAAAUAUUUGCCACUGAAUGUUAAGCAAUCAACAAUCAAUCAAUUUAAUACAUAUAUGUAUGCAUAUUUUCCUGAUUCCCAAUAAUUACAUUACAUUUUUGUGCAUUCUUCAAAAAUAGCAAUUAUAAAUGCACAUAAUCAUUUCUCAGUUAAAAGUACAUGAAAGGUAGUAAUAAAACAUUUUAUAACACAAAUAGCUGAUAUAGGGAAAACAUUUUCUUUUUUGAACACACAUUAGUGAUUACCUGUGAUGUUAGGUGCUUCUUUUACUGAAACUAUUUGAUUUUUGUCACCAGUCAUACAGAUUAACUUAUUUUUAUUAAUGGCAGCUAGUGCUACCUUUAUUUUAAGGAGUAUUUUAUCAAAUUUGAUAUGCAAGUCUAGGAAAGGACUUCAGCGACUUCAACAACUCUGUCACAACCAAUAAACUAAGUUCAUGUUAUAUUUGCAUACAAUGAUAAUUGAUACACAACCCAUGUCAAAAUAUAAAAGUCCUUUCCUAUCCUUUCAUAUCCAAAUUAGUGGAAUAUUCUUCAGGACUAGUCAAAAUCAACCAUAUGAUAAUACUCAAAUUUUACUAUGCAAAAGAACCAGUGAAAAAAACUGCAAGCACCAUUUUACACCAGAUUCACUAUUUAACGGUAUGAUUCUUUUACAUUAUAUUGAGAUGGGUUUUCCUUUUCAAUUAUUUGAUGUCACAUUACUAUUGGUUGUGAUUUCGUAUAGUAUAUAUAUGUAGCCUUUCUUAGUGUUUUUUGCAAAGAUUGCAUACAAUGCUAUAGAAUCUUUUUAGUCACUCCCUGGUUUUUGUAAAUAACAUAGUGCAUUAUUGUAGAUAUUCUUUAGAUCCUAACCAUGAUCAUGUUACACAAUAUCAUGCAUGGUUCUUUGAUUUCAUAGUUAUUCUAAAAUCUGCCAACAAGCUAGCCUGUAGAAAAUGUGUACUUCAUUGAACAUUAUAAUUUGUUGUUGAUAUUUACCAUGAAAUCUGUGAAAAUUGGUAUCCCAUUAAUAGUUAUCAAUCCACAGUAUUUGAUUUUGUCUGAUGCUUGGUCCGUUUCUGUGUGUGUUACAUUUUAGUGUUGUGUCGUUGUUCUCCUCUUAUAUUUAAUGCGUUUCCCUCGGUUUUAGUUUGUUGCCCCGAUUUUGUUUUUUGUCCAUGGAUAUAUGAGUUUUGAACAUCGGUAUACUACUGUUGCUUUAUUUGAGACUUAUUUUGAUGGCUUUUGUUUGUUAAUUAUAUUCUCAUCAUGUGUUUACUAUGAUUGAGAACAAGUUUGAUUAGCUGAGAGUUUCUAGGAUUAUGCUAUGCAAAUCAUGUUAUUUUUUUAUAACCAAGAAGGUUACUAGUUGUACAAGUUCAAUCAUAUUUACAAUUCAGAAUUUGUACAAACUUUGGUACCUCAGCUGUAUUUGAAAAUCUUUAAGAAAUUUUGGUCCUUAAUGCUCUUCAACUACAUACUUUAUUUAACCUUUUUAACUUUUUUGAAUCUUGUGUCACUGAUAUAUCUUUUGUAGACGAGAGGCACGUCUGGAGAAAAUACAAAAUUUAAUCAUGGUAUCUAUGAUGUGUUUAUUGUCUUUCUCUUUUUGACUGGUUAUUGGGAAAAUCUUUUCUUUCAAACAAAUCCUAAUACAUUGUACAAUAGUUCAUAUUCAUAAUAUGGUUUGUUUUCAUUUGUAAUUGCUACUAUUUCAGGAGGGAAUUUUGAACAUGCCAAUGAAUGUUUAGAUGGGUUUUAGUCUAUUUAUAAACAGGGUUUUUUUCUGCCCUCAAGAGAACAGAAGAAACCUGACUUGAUUUGUAAUUGAUUUCACUGUUUCAAGACAUGCUUUGUAAGUUAUUAGAAAACAUCAUGAAUGAUUGUGCUAUAAAUUCAUUAUAGAUUUGAAGUACAUGUAUAUUUAGGAUGACUUAAGUUAUUUGUUUAUGAUAUUUGGGAAAGUCUUGUGUAUAUAUAUAUAACUAAUGUAUACUAUAUACCGUUAGUGUAUUGAAAAUAUAUAUUUAUUAUUAAAAAUGUGUAAUUUAAAACUUAAUUUUAGUUUUGUGAACAGAAAUGUAAUGCAUAGCAAAGAUUUCUGUUCUGAUGUUUUUAAGAUUAUAAAACUAAAUAUGUUUACCUUGAAAUGAAGAUCAGAUUUUAUCCUAAAAUUUACACCAUAUCAUUCUAUUUUUAUAUAUAAGUAGGGAGGCAAUUUGUAUUUGAUAUGACAAUCAAUGAAUAUAAUAUUUUGUAUUAAAUAAAAAGUGAAAACAACACGUUUAAUAAUUUUUUGCUUGUUAUGUCUCAUCAAUUUUGAAAAAGGAUCUACCAAUUAAUUUACAUCUUAAGUGCUCUUGUUUUGUCUGAUACAAAGUGCUUGUUUUAUUGAACAGUUGUUUUUUCUUGUAUUGUAAGGAUUGUUUUACCUUCUUUUUAUUAUUCUAUUGUACUAUAAUAUGACUCUGGCUUUAAUUUGUCUAGGGAGGGGUUGGAGGUAUUUACCUGCUCUGUUAUAUUCACCCAUGAAAAGCAAUUCUUGAUAUGAUAUGUGACUGAAGUUAAAACAUAUUUACAUUGUAAAUUUUAUACACUUCUCAGUAAAGUUAAAGGAUUAUUUGAUAAACAAAGGAUUUUUAGAUUUUAAUUGAGUUGUGCUGAUCUUAAGUUUGUUAUUUAAAGUUGGUUAAAUCCUAAGAUUUUGGGAAUACAUGUAAUAUAUAUUUUAAU